AUGAACGUAUCCGAAUGCACCAGCUACGUUUAUCUGGGUCCAGGAUUGAACAUGAUGAACGACUUGACCACCAAGGUGGGCAGGAAGAGACGAGCGGCUUGGGGAGCGUACAAGAGCAUCGAGGAUGUAGUGAAGAAGACCAGGAACACCCGGCUCCGUGCUCACCUCUUCAACACCACCGUACUUCCUGUUUUGACCUAUGCUUCGGAAACCUGGGCAUUUCGCAAGCAGGAAGAAAACGCGCGAUCGAAGACCAGAGACGCUGCUGCGUUGGCCAAGAAAAGUAAAAUGAGGUGGGCCGGACACGUGAUGCGCUUCAACGACAACCGUUGGACCAGAGCCGUGAGCGACUGGGUUCCCCGCGAUUUUAAGCGCACUACAGGAAGACCGCCGACCCGAUGGUCAGAUUUCUUCACAAAGUCCUUCAAAGAAAAGUAUGAUGCUCUUCGUGUCACACGCGAAAAGAGGAAUCAGUGGGUUACUCUGGCACGCGAUCGGGACAAAUGGAAAAAUUAG